UCGCCGUAGACCGAGUUUAACAGCGGAAUCGGAUUUUUCGCAAUUUUAGCAGCCCAAAAACCCGAUCGAGUGUUGCGCGUGUGGAGAGCUUCUUAAUUUUUCUGCUGCAAAAGAUUUUCAAUACUUCACAUUGAGGUAUAUAAAACAAAAGCAAAUGUAAGUUUUGUGUUCUGCAUAACGGAAAUUGUGAAAUGUGUUCGGAUUUUGUUUAAAGGGCGCGUACAAAUCGGCGUUUGCAUGGGGGAAACAUUAGUGUACAGUAAAGACAAAUUUUUAACAAAUGGCACAAGAAGCUGAUAUUCCUACUUUCAAAUGCGUUCUGGUCGGAGAUGGUGGUACUGGGAAAACCACUUUUGUGAAACGUCAUAUGACUGGAGAGUUUGAAAAGAAGUACGUUGCUACACUUGGUGUCGAGGUGCACCCACUUAUUUUUCACACUAACCGUGGUGCCAUCCGUUUCAAUGUAUGGGACACCGCCGGUCAAGAAAAAUUUGGCGGUUUGCGUGAUGGUUACUAUAUUCAGGGGCAGUGUGCUAUUAUUAUGUUUGAUGUAACUUCUCGCGUCACAUAUAAAAAUGUACCAAACUGGCACAGAGAUUUGGUACGCGUAUGCGAAAAUAUCCCGAUUGUUUUAUGCGGAAAUAAGGUCGAUAUAAAGGAUCGCAAAGUCAAGGCCAAGAGCAUCGUAUUCCACAGGAAAAAGAAUUUGCAGUACUACGAUAUUUCCGCCAAAUCGAAUUACAAUUUUGAAAAACCUUUCCUGUGGUUGGCAAGAAAGCUGGUAGGAGAUCCAAAUUUGGAAUUUGUUGCUAUGCCAGCGCUACUUCCUCCAGAAGUCAAAAUGGACAAGGACUGGCAGCUGCAAAUCGAGAGAGAUUUGCAAGAAGCUCAAGAAACUGCAUUGCCUGAGGAGGAUGAAGAUUUGUAAUCUUGAACUUAUGCUGCUUUUUAUCUAAAUACAGAGUUUACUACAAAUUAUAAUUGAGAAAACUUAAAAUUCUAGCGAAACUAAAAUGGCGAGGAAACCAAUAAAAAUAAUUAAAACAUAAAAUGCA